AUGUCUGUGAAAAAAGCAAUACCAAUUCAAACUCUUUAGCUUGAAGUUAUGGCAAAUAAAUAAUCGCCUUAGGUUAACAAGGAUUAAGUUCAGAAGGCUGUGAUUGGAUCAGGAGGAUUCAAAAUUCCACAAACAGUUAUUGAAGAGAAAAAAAAAAUGUUUUCUACUAGUCAAAAGAAAGACGAGCCUAUUUUGGACAUGUAAGUGUCUCAACUUGAGAUAUACUAAAAAAUGGGAUUACAACCUUAUAAGAUGUAGAAUGCAAUGGAAGAUAAAGAAAAAAUUGUAUUUUAAAAUCUAAAGGAUUAACCAUUGGCUAAAUCAAACUUCAUUUUUGAAUAAAGAAGAGUAGUAGAAAUUGAGUAAAAAGAUAUUGAAAAUCGAAUGAAUUAAUUUGUUAUUGAGGAGGAGGCUCCACCUUAAAAUGAGCGAUUAGAUUAAAUUCAGAGUGAAAUUGAUAAGCAUUAUGACAGAUUGGAUAAAUUAGAAUAGUAAUUCAUGAAGUAAGACUUAGUGGAUAGUUAUCAACCUGAUGAUAAUGUUUGGGAGAAAAUCAAGUAAUUAAGAGAGUAUAGAAAUAACAUAAAGAAAGAAUAAAUGUAAGCUAAGGAAGAAUAUGAGGAAAGAAGAAGAAAGGAUUAAGUAUAAGUCAAAGUUACAGUUGUUGAUAAAUAACAGUAAUAAGUUUUAAAAAAAUAAAAUAAGAAGGAAGAAAAAGAUUAGUUCAUCUAAUAAUAAAUAGACGAUUAUAUAAAACAGAAGGAAUAGAAUAAAAAUAGACCAAGAUCAAAGGAGAAAUAUAUUGAGUAGGUAGUUAUGAAGUCACCGGAAUAACAAUUAUAUGAGCAUUAAUUCUUAGAGUAUCAAAAAGACAAGAAUUUGAAAAAACAAAUGGAAAUAAAGGCUAAGGAAUUUCAGGUUCCAGAAUUUGAAAAGUAUCAUCUUAAAGAAGACAAGGAAAAACCUAAACAUUAAGUGAAUAUUACAGAUAGAGCCAUUCUAAAAGUAUAAAGUAUUGAUGAGUUGCAUCGUGUAUAAGUAUAAGCAUAUACAGAUAAGUAACUUGAUUAAUUGGAUGAUGCAAGUAAAAAAGCCAUUUAUAAAUCUAUUGUAACUGAAAAAUAGUAAGAAAAAUAAAUUGAGAAUGAGAAGAAUGAGUAAUUUGUACUUAAAUUUUCAUUCUAAUAAAUUGAUAAAGAUCAUGCUGGAGUUGUAUCAAAGGGAGAAGUGCUCGAAUUUUUAUGCACUAAUAAAGAUAUCUAAAUUAUAUUCGAUUUAGAUGUGAAAACUAUUGAAAGUGAACUUGAUAAAUUAUAAACUCAUCGUAAAGGAUUACUUGAUUUUUCAGAGUUUAGUAAGUUUGUCAAGAGAUUAUAAUAGGACAGAAUUAAAUUGCUUUCUAAAUUAAAAUAGGAUUCUAAACUAUUUGAAGAGAACCAAGAAGAAAAUUUAAGACUAUAAUAUUCUAAGCCCAUUAAGGAAAUUUUUAAAAUAUUAGAUUAUCAAGAACAAGGAGUUGUGAAUAGAUUAGAUUUGAUAAGAGCUAUAAGGAAUGAUUUAUCAAAAGGUAAAGGUUCCAUUCUGAAUUAACCAAUAAGUCUUUAGCAAGGAAGUCCUACUGUAAAUUAAGUAUUAGAGAAAGUCUUGGCGGAUUAUAGACUAUCUAAGAAUAGGAAGUAGAUGGAAUUAAUAUCAUUGAAUCAACUUGAGGAAUAUUUCAAAUUGUCAUUACCUUAUGAGGAAAUUAGACUGAUGUAGGCACGUAUAAUCUUGGCUCAUUUUGGCCCUGGUUCCAUUGCUUCAGAGGGUUAUUAUGAGAAGAUGAAAGGGAGGUGCUUAUUGGAGCAUGAAGUGAUCUAGCAAAUGUUGGAAAUCUUUAUGAAAUUAGAUAAGGAUUGCGAAUUGAUUGUCAGCAAAAAGGAAUUGAUUUAAUAAAUCAGAGAAACAGUGGAUUGUAAUUAAGAAGCUGCAAUUCUAACUAAAAUUGGAAAAAAGUAUACAUUAGCCAGUAUUUUGGAUAUGAUGGAAAGUACAUUAAACUAAUUGGAAGGUCAUGCUUCUAAUUUUAUUAGUUUAUAGUAAUUUACAGAAUAUUUGACUAAUUUCAAUCCUCUACCUCCAAAAAUACCAAAAUUAUUCUUUGUGAAUGAAUAGAAGGAUCCUCCAACUGAAGAACAUUUAGUAAUGUAAAUUCCAAGUGUAUACUUUUAAAUUAUAAAUGAUGUAUUUGAAAUGAUUCCUACAAUCUGUGCUCAUUUUAUUUUAAAAGAGGAGUUCAUAGCAACCGUUAAAAAUGAUCCUCAAUCUAAGAGUCUUCUUUCACAAAUAGCAAAGAUUGAUCCAAUAUCCAAGAGACCUGAAACAAUCAAUUCUAUUAUUUCUAAAAUUGCUAGAACUGAAAUUGAUUUUAUUUAAUGGGCUGAUAUAGUCUACAUUUUUUCAGAUAAAGGAGAAAUCCCAAGAGAAGAUUUAGAAAAUAAAUUGGAUGUCAAGCCUGUUCCUAGGAGGGGAAGGAAAAUUUAUGAGUCUGUUAUCAAAGGUUAAAUAUAAGAAGAAGAAGAUGCCUUUGCUGAAAUUGAAAAUUUAUCAUUUGAUGAUGCUUAAUAAAAAAGAAUCGAUAAAAAGGCAUAAUCUAAAAUGCAUUCAAGUUCACUUAAUAAAAUUACUGUUCCCAAAGAACCUAAAUUUCAUGAGAGAAAGAAGAAAACUAUUAGAUAAUAAAGAUUAGAACAAAUGGUUAAGGAAAUUGAAGAAAAGGAAGAAUUUGAAUUACAAAAUAAAUUUAAAGCAAAUCCUAUUCCUCUGUCCAUGUUUGUUCCUGCUCAUAAUUUAGAUAGGUUUUCACCUCCUAGAGUCUAAAAUGCCAAUCCUCCAAGCUUUUAUUAGAAGGAUGUCUAAAAAUUUAUGGAAAGAAAGUAAAUUGCAGAGGAACGUUUACAAACUAAAGAAGCUCCAAAAACUUUCAAGGCUAAAGAAAUUCCAGUAGAAUGUACAAUGGAAGUAUUAAAAUAAAAAGAAAUAGCUGAAAAUCAAAGGAAAAAAGAAUAAAGAGAAAAAAGAAAGGCAGAACUCUAGAGUACUAACUUAAUGCCUAAAAGAUUAUAAGAAGAUGAAUAGAAAAGGAAAGAAAAGAAGAAGAAGAUGGAAGAAUUGAAUCCUCAAGAUAUUGACCCUGAAUGCAAGUUUAAUCCAAAAAUUAAUAAAAACUUUGUUUCCAAAAGGGAUAAAGACAAGAAAUCUCAAUAAAGCAAAGGUAUGGAAUUGAAUUAUCUUGACGAAGAUAAUCAAAGAAACAAAAGAAAAGAAUCCUUCCAUGAAGAAGAAUAAUAAAACUAAACACAAAAAUCUCAAACACAAAAGAGUUAAACUCAAAGAUCAUAAUCUUAGAAAUAAUCAGUUUAGAAGUCUUAAUAAAGUUAAAAGUAAGUCAGUUAAUAAAUCAGCCAUAAUUAAUUGGAAGAAUCAUAAUAGGAAAAAUCUGUAAAAGUAUCAUAAAAAUAACAAAGUCAAAAGUAACAAAAUUCCAAUCAAGAUGAUGGAGAAAUGUCACCUGAACCUGAAGAUGACUAUUAAGAUCAAUAAUUUGAAGACUAAGCUUAAGAGAAAUAAAAUGAAGAUGAAAAUAAAGAAGAUGAUUAAUACCAAAAUCAAGAGAAUCAAGAUCAAGAUGAAUAAGAAGUGUAGGAAUAAGAGUAAGUAGAAUAGCAGGAAAAUAAAACUAUGGAAUAAAAAACAGAAUAAGAAAUGUCUAUUCAAUAAUCAAAAAAGUCACAAUAGCUUUCUAAAUAAUCUGAAAUUAAGUAAGAAGAUGUUAAACCUUAAAAAAAUGUUAAGAUAGUUCCACCUGCACCUUAACCAGCUUAAUAGAAUGAUGAAAAGAAAGAGAAAAAGAAAGUUGUAAGCAGUCAAGAUAGGGAACUGCAAAGACUACAAGAAGAGAAAUAAAAAAAGCUAGACGAUAAAAAAAAAUAAAAGGACAAGCUAAAUCCAGAAUACAGAUAAAAAAUAUAAGAUAUGGAGAAUAGAGUUUUCUCUAGACCCUUAGUCAGAGAUGCUAAAUAGCAUGGAUCAUCAACAUUAUAGAAAUAUCGAUAAAUGGCUAAAGAAGCUAGCUUAAAGAAAGAUGAAAAAAACGAAGAGAAAAUUCCAGAGGAUUAAGAGCCUUAGAAUGAUGAAAACUGA